UGAAAAAUGUGAAAAUAUGUUAUGCCGCGUACAGCAUGCGGGACAGACACAGCAGCAUAUACUGACACCCCAUGCUUACUAUACCCAAGGCUGGUGCUUCAGCAUGCCAAGAUUAAACAGAGCAUUCAGUGUACUUUAAAAGGAGAUGCAUAUCAAUUGUUGGGGCCAGUAUCAGUACGGAUUGCAAUCGAUUAGCAGCGUACGCGGUGUAGUGAACAAUUGACUAUCGGGACAGCCGUCUAGUGAAAAGGAUUAUUUCCGAAGAAAAUAGGUGCCAGUGUGCGUGAUAGAAAUAUCUGAAACAUUGUUGAAAGUGAACUUAUAUUGUCGACAAAAGUAGCUACUGCCACUUACAAAAAUGAUUAGAAUGUCGAACCGGAGCACCGUGCUGGAAUAUCUGUUGCUUGCCUCAUUCAUCACCUCCACACUGUGCGCCUCGGCCGCUGGCUUUCGCGGCCAGACCCGUGUGGUCCCCAGCAAUAAGAACGAAAACAGCUGGUUCAGUGGUGAGCUGAGUGUGCUGCAGAAGGUCCUCGAUGACUGCCAGGAUAAGCAAGAAUUCACCGGUUGCCUGAAGGGUAAAGCCCUAACUGCCUUGUCGCGCGCAAUUGACAUGGAAUCGGUUCAAUUACUUGACGGAGUGUCACUGAUCAAACAGAAGGUUGCCGAAAAUGAUAGCAUUCCACUGAUAGGCGAUGCUCGACUACUAAGCGGACUAAGCGAAAUCGAUCGCUCAAUCCUAAGCAAACUGAACAAAUUCUUCCAGACGCAUUCGCUGCGUGUGGAUAUGCAGAGGCAGGAGGGAGCUGCUCGUGGCAAUAAUAAAAAUAAGCAUCACCGCUACCUGAUCGCUGCUUUCCUAACUGCCAUGGGAAUUGCCGGUCCAAUCGGUUUGAAGGUGCUCGCUGCUGUUGCCGGCAAAGCAUUGGUAAUUUCUAAGGUUGCUCUUACCAUCGCCGGAAUUAUCGCCUUGAAGAAGAUCUUCGCUCACGACCAUCACGAGGAAACCAGCUUCCAGGUUCACGCUGGACAUGAUAACAGACGAACUGCGUACGUCGUUCGCAACCCAGCUAAGAUGGCUGCCAGCGUCGAUCCCUAUCGGUAUUACUAUGAACAGCAGCAACAGCAACAACAACCACAAUAUGGCACCGUUUAAGCAGCAUAAUAAUCAUCACAUAGUUAAAUCGGUACGAUACGCUCCCUUCGCUUGAGAAGGACACGAACAGCACAUCUCCUGUAAAUUAAUAUUUAUUUUUAAAUUAUUGCAAGCAUUAAAUUAUUGCUAGAGUUCUCUUUAGUAAGUAGGUGAAAUCUAGUGCAGAGGCCGCGAAAAAUAUCUUUUGCAAGCAGGUUUUUCGAUCCUGUUUGCGAAUUUGUAAAUUAAAUCACAGAACCAAUACAGCACAUGAUACCAAAAAUUGAACCAAACACAAUAUUCACAUUAAGGGACUCAUAAAGUAAGAGGCAAAAUAGUAAACUAGUAGACAGUAACAUGAAAACACAAUUAACAAACCCAAGACAGAUUUUAUUUGAAGACUAAUAUCGUUGAUAAAAGUUGUUAGCAAUUUGCAGUGUGACCUAACGAAAUGUGAGGAAAAUAAACGAAAUAAUACGAGUAUAA